AUGAAAAUCCUUGACACUCCACACUGUCGUUCUCAGCCUCUUCAUCCUUGUGGUGAGAAUGUUGAUCAGAGUCUGCCAUAUUGUUACGCAGUCCUCCUUCCCAAGGUCUUAUCACAGUCGCUCUUAUGCCCCGUAAGAUCCGUCUGCUCUCUCUCUCUCUCUGGUUCACGUAUUUCACACGACUCCUGCAACCCCAUCUGUGCUACUCGAGGCGUUAUUCGCCCUCCCCUGCGUCUGGGUGACUAA